UGAAACCAUUAAGUCUCAUACAUACUUUAAUUAGCCCCAAUAUUGUUCAUGUUAUUGGAGUUGUCACCAUUGAAUCAGCCGGCUGGACGGUUUGGUUCUGCAGAUGCAAUGGCGCCUAAGAGCAGAAGCUACCAAAUUUCUGCAACCCCUGUUACAGUAUUUGGACAUUUGUUGUUUAUAGCAGUGACAACCCUUGUGCUAGUUUGGCUUCUCAAGUUCCGGGAAGGCCUUGCUUCUGAAUCUGCUAAUAAGUUAAAGAUUUUCAAUCUUCAUCCACUUCUAAUGGUGAUUGGAUUCAUAUUAAUGGCUGGAGAAGCAAUCAUGGCAUACAAGUCAACCCCAAGUAGAAGAGACAUACAAGUGCAAAAGGCAGUCCACCUAACAUUGCAAACCAUUGCUCUUGGUUGUGGGAUCUUUGGGAUUGUUGUAAUCUUCAAAUUCCAUAAUGAGACCAACAUGCCUGACAUGGUUACCUUACAUUCUUGGCUAGGCAUGAUUACCAUAUGCUUAUUUGGUUUACAGUAUUUGCUAGGAUUCUUCUCGUAUGUGUUCCCAGGUGCAGAAUCAUAUUCAAGAGCAGCCUAUCUGCCAUGGCACACUUUUGGUGGCUUACUUAUCUUCUUCUUAGCAAUAUGCACAGCUGAGAUGGGAUUGCUUCAAAAGUUCCUUUCGUUAUUCCUAACUCGCUCCCAAGAAGCUCUCAUUGUCAACUUUAUAGGAUUGUUGCUUUUCCUAUUUGCAGUUGCUGUUGCCCUCACUGUGGUUCUCCCCAGAUAUUAG